UGGAGGAGAGUACGGCAUAUACUGAAGUCCUAUUUGAGAUUGGAUUAAUGGAAAAAAUACAAAUGGAAUAGUCUAUAUCUGAUCGUAGUUUUUUCAUUCAUUACAAUUUCAUUAAAUUCGGACCUGCGACCUGAACAACAACAAGAAGAAAGGAUGGCCUUCAACCCGUUUCUUCUACCUUCUAUCCGACAACCUGACUUUGGCGUGUGCUCACUAUUAUCUCAGCCAUUCCACUUCUCCCUACCAUUGUCACAAUCAUACCCGUCGCACUUUUUCAAACUGCCGUUGCCGUUGUCAGUACCACCGCAAUUUGCCGAUAAAAGCAGCUUGGAACACGGACGACAGUUGCAGCUCAUGGGAUCGUUCAAUGAUCACGACGAUGGCGUACAGGACGACCCGAAAGUUACGUUAGAAUCUAAGGAACUGUGGGAACAGUUCCACUCACUGGACACUGAAAUGGUGAUUACGAAGCUCGGCCGGAGGAUGUUUCCCGCCUUCAAAGUCCGAGUGUCCGGUCUAGACAAGAAGGCAAAGUACAUCAUGUUGAUGGACAUUGUAGCAGCGGACGACUGCAGGUACAAGUUCCACAACAGCCGUUGGAUGGUGGCCGGUAAAGCUGACCCGGAAAUACCUAAGCGGAUGUAUAUCCACCCAGACUCACCCAGCACUGGGGAACAUUGGAUGCAGAAGGUGGUGUCCUUUCAUAAGCUGAAACUCACCAACAACGUUUGUGGACAGCACGGAUCGACGAUCCUGAACUCUAUGCACAAAUAUCAGCCAAGAUUCCAUUUGGUACAGACCAACGACAUUCUCAAGCUCCCGUACAGUACGUUCCGUACCUACGCCUUUAAGGAGACGGAGUUCAUUGCUGUUACUGCCUAUCAGAAUAAAGAGAUAACCAAACUGAAGAUUGAUAACAAUCCGUUUGCCAAAGGAUUUCGAGAAGUCCGUAAUGCAAAAGAAGAUAGGAAAUCAGUAGUCGCCUUUUUGUCUACUAAAGAUCCUCCCACAGACCACCAGAUGUCACUUAAGUCCAGCCUAGAUAUUCCUUAUAAUGUCGAAGAAAGAAACGACGAUAGCAACUGUGAUAAAAUCAACAUGAACGAAACAAACCUGAAAAAGCUUUCUUCAGUCACGCCUAAAGGCGAUCCACGCGACUGUGUCUCGGCGACGAAGUCUGGGUGUGUAAGGGCCGUUGCAGGUCUGCCCUCCGAGGACUUCAGUAAAUUAGAAACUGAAAAAGCGUCGACUAAGGAACCGAAAGACAUAUCCUCUGAACCUAUAAACCUGGAAAAACCAAAAAACAAGAGUCCGGGAAAUGAUCUUGAUACCAUUUCAUCAACAGAAUCUCAUGUUCAGUCCGAGUUGAGGAAUUCUCCCAUUCACUGUCAAUCCCUAUUCAGCUCGCACGUUGGUAAUAACAAUAUUUUACCGUGCAUGGAUCCGAAAGCACUGUGGUCGAGAUUAUGUUUUCCUUCUCUUUCGCUCCAUUCUGCAACUCUCGAUCAUCGUUUCUUGUACCCUACACCAACUGAAAGGUUAGGGUAUGACGGCCAUAAUCCGAGUAAGGAUUUCCGUUAUUCUCCCUACUUGCUUCCUCACGCAGCGAGAGGAUUGUCAGAUAGGGUACUGCCUUGUCAGUCUGGUAGCACUCGUGUCAUUUCACCAAUUUUCAAGUUUACACCAACGCCAUCAGCAGUUUCUACUAGCCUCUCUUCGUUACCUUCCGCCACAUGUAGUUGUUCUUCAAGUAACUGCCCAGUACAGUUUUCUUCAUCACCGACCAAAGAAUCUUUGAUGUCUAGACGAUUGAUAACACCUUCUUCUCUUUCAAAACAAUUAGAUAUCUGAGUUUAAAUGCUGAAAAAAAAUCCAAGGCAAGUCAAGAUGACCCAAGAUUCUCCCUUACAGCUGUGAUUUCCUAUGAAUUAAUAACCAAAUAGUCUGUUCUGAUUGUAAAAUAACUCUAACUCCUACUUCGAAUAUAUUAUUGUUCUGAGUAAACAAAUAAAGAAAAAAGGAGCCGUUGCAAUAUCAACAAUGUUCCUUUCAACAAUAGAAAGAUCAGGCAAAGAAAAGUGAAACUCUACAGCUCGUACUUUUUUGUUCGAAACAUUAUUGUAUUAAGGUACAGGCAAAAUAACCAGUUCUACUUGAACAUGAAUUUAUGUUAGGAAAACGAAACAUUCCUUCGAGAUUGUUCGGUAGAUAAUCACGACUUGAGAAGUGUGAUGCUAGUGGAUUAGUUAUGUCGGAUACAUGAACAAUUCUUACUGUUUCUAUUUUAGUCUUAUGAAUUUUGUAAUAAUUUGUAGACUUGGAUGUAACAUAGAAGCACAAAUCUUGCGUAAAAAAAAGUCUGAACGAAAUGGUGCAAUUAUUACAAUUUGUCUAAAACGUGUAUGGUUACCUUCACGUAACGUAGUGAUUAUGUAAAUUCUUCUACGUUCAUAUUAUUCUCUCAUUAACAUAAUAUAAUCACUACAGUUUACAGAUACUCGUGUUUACUUUGUAUGGUUAGUUGCCUAUGCUAUCAUCUAAAGCUAAUUGUUCAUUAGUACAUAGUUUUAUAUACACAUAUAACUAUUUUUUCCCUAUAUUUCGGGGCGCUAAUCUGGAGUCCUGAGAAGGACUGUUUCUGUGUUGACAUAGUAGGGGUUCGAUGCUGGGUCUACUUGACGGAAAUCUUGUGCGUUAUCCACUCGACUGAGUUAUCCCUCGAUUAGAAUUUUGAUCAAUUAACUAUUUGAUCGUAUAGGCUACUAACCAUGACAGCGAUUGAUAUCCAGUCGCAUCAAGUAAGUAUCUACGUCCUGCAUAGUCACAGACUUUUGGACUUUCAAUAACCUUCGAACAAAAGCUAUUAUCUCCACCUUCAGCAUAAUUGUGCAAGUGUAAUGUAAUGUGGCAAUAAUUGAUUUGAAACGCUCUCUACCCGUAUUCUUUCACAGGGUUCCCGUAUUCUUUCACAAUACUUUCUGUAAUAUUGCUAUUCUAUCCAAGAGAGGAGAUUACAGAUCUUAUAAUGAACAUGCUUAUUCAAGAGAAAGAAGAGAAAAAAAAACUUUUACGAAAUUACAAUAGUGAACCAUUGAUGACGUACUCUUCUCAAGAAGAUAAGCUGUUAGCUGUUUAAAAGAAAACAUCUGUAUUGAAAAUUAUUCAUUGGAUUUAGUGAUGGUUAUGAACUAUAAUGUUCGUAAAUAUUAUACUCUACUAACUCCUUAUUUCAUAAUACUGUAUAUACUUAGAUCUAAAAGAUGCUACAUGAAAUACCUAUAUAUCAUGAAAAGGUAAAUAUCACGGUAUAUAACUGUAUAUUUGCAUUAAAUUGCAAAAUAAAACGUAUAAAAAAAAUCGAAACAAACACCUAAUUCGAUGUAUAUAGAAUUUAUAAUUGACAAACGAUAAAACCGAGAGUGCUUAUGUUCUGUUAUUAUAAAUAAGUUACAAAUCAAUCUUUGUUUUCAUGUUUGCUCAUCUACUUGGUUCUAGUCAUUUCAUUUAAUCUGUUGAGAAAGGAAUUGUUAUAGGUGUAAAAAAUAAUAAAUACAAAUGCGUAAUUCAAGCUCUCUACAUGUUUUAUGUUGCGAAGUUUAACAAAAGAUUAAAUAAUAUACAUUAUAAUUCUCCAUUUCAUUUUCUAGAAUCAGGAAUUGUUAAGAAUAAUUUUUCAAUUAUAUAUAACAGCUUUUAUGGGUUGAAAAAUAUUUGCUGGAUUGAUAUUUUCAACCUGAACUACGCUUUAUGCGCUCAUGGGUUAUGCCCGGCAUGGCCAGGUGGAUAAGGCGCUCGACUCACAAUCGAGGGUUCGAAUCCGCAUCUCACCAAACAUGCUCGCCCUUUCAGCCGUGGGGGCGUUAUAAUGUG